AAUCUUAGCGACAGGUAGUAUUUGAUGGGCUACAAACACGACUGCUUUUAAAGAACGAAUGGCAAUUACCCCGUGUCGUUGCUUCGUUCCCAUAUGUAAACGACGAAGGCGAUACGAUCAGCUGACGAACCCUUUGUCGUUUAAGCGACAUUCGAAACCUUUUUCUUCUGCUACUGGGCGCAAACGGCUCUGGAUUGGAAAAGAAUAGAAGGAAAUACAGUCGUCGGUCUCGUUUUCCGUUUACCACGUCGAAUUACAUACUUUUCGACCGUAAGCGUAACUUAACUAAUUAUAAAAUUGUAAAACCUAAUUGAAAAUCGGAAACGUUAGAAAUUCCAAAGUAAAACGAAAGAAGAUAUUUUCGUCCUUUGGAACGACUGAAUACCCGUCAGAAAAUUCUUAUCUACCGUACAUUUAUCGAUCAACUUCUCCUAUCCACUCGUUGCCGCUAGAAUUCCUUUGCUCGGAAACUACUCUGUACAAACACGUCGCCAAAAUCAAUACGUAGCAUCCAAUUCGUUCUCCUCGACAGUCGAGCCAACCAUCGAAAAGAUCAAGAAGGGUUAUCGUCUGGAGGAACGAUGUCGUGGGUACCUCCGGAUCUAGCGAGCCUGUGCUCGCCCCAUUCCACCGUGUCAACCUGUCAACCGCCUACGUUCAUGUUUCUGACGCUCGUCGCUCAUCUCUUCGGUUAUUCGAAAGACUCUUAUUAUUCGUUUGGUGAUUUCGAUUCUCAGAGUUCAGCAUGGAAAUUCGACCACGUCGAAGAAUCGACAAAAUCGAAAGCCAGCGUAGGAUAUUUCGCAGACUCGCGGCAAGAUGCUACUUAUGGGCGGAAGAUUUCGUUGCCGGACGAUCCUGCGUCAAUGAAAUCACCGAGCGGAGUUUACGAUUCGGUACUUUGGUACGAUGGUGGAACUUUAACGAGAGCGAAGGAUGAAAGCGACGACAGCGAGGCAGUUAACGCUAAAAUAGGUUCGUCGAUGGCGAAUUUAACAGGAAUUUACGAUUUCUAUCCGCGAACGAGAAUCGUGGAUCGACCGAUCGGCACGCCGGUUACGAUUUACAACGGCUUUGUUGCCGAGAAAGAAAAAACGUACGAUCAACCACGAUGGAUAAACGAUGCCACGAACGGUCGUCCACGUUCGUUAACUCUCGAAAAUCAAGUAAACGACCAAAAUUAUAAUCUACGAGCGACGCAACAAAUUUCCAUGGGCACCGAGGUCACUGUGAAUUCGCCGCAAGCGACCAACUUGCCAACGAAAGUAUACGAUUUCAUUAUCGUUGGAGCUGGAUCGGCAGGUUGCGUCCUUGCGAAUAGACUAAGCGAAGUAAAACAUUGGAAGAUACUGUUAUUGGAAAGUGGCACGGAAGAACCAAUGGUAGCCGAUAUUCCGGCGUUCGCCUCUAUGUUACAAGCCAGCAAUAUCGAUUGGAUGUAUCGUACGCAACCGGAGCGACACUCGUGUCGAUCGAGACGGGGUAAAAGUUGUGCGUGGCCAAGGGGCAAGGUGAUGGGUGGUUCCAGCAGUAUCAAUUAUAUGAUUUACAUUCGUGGUAAUCCGAGAGACUACGACGAAUGGGCGGAAGAAGGGAAUUACGGGUGGAGCUACGAAGAAGUUUUGCCAUAUUUUCUCAAAUCGGAAAAUAACAAGAAUGCAGAGGUCGUGAAAAAGAAUCCAUACUACCACAAAGAAGGAGGCUAUCAGUCGGUAGAACGAUUUCCAUAUACCGACGUCAACGCGGAGAUCCUGUUGAACGCCUGGCGAGAACUCGGCCACGAAUCGGUGGAUUCCAACGCGAAGAGCCAGCUGGGCGUGAUGAAACUGCAAAUGACCUCUGCUCGUGGAAUGCGUCAAAGCGCGAACGGCGCGUUCGUCAGACCCGUCAGACGCAAACGGAAGAAUCUGACGAUCGAAACCGAGGCUCACGUCACGAGAUUGUUGAUAGACGACGAAACAAAACGCGUGACCGGUGUCGAGUACGUUUCGACAGCCACGAGAUUUACAAGAUCGGUUUCGGCUAGGAAAGAGGUGAUUCUGUCAGCCGGCGCGAUCAAUUCGCCUAAAAUCCUGAUGCUCUCUGGAAUUGGUCCGAAGGAAGAGUCGAGGAAACACGGGAUCAAAGUGGUCAGCGAUUUACCAGUUGGAAGGAAUCUUCAAGAUCACGUGACGAUGGAUGGCAUUGUGAUCGCGCUGAACGUUACUUCGACGAGCAAAGACAACGAUUUGAAAGAAAAUGACAUUUUUUAUUACGAGAAAACCCGGAUGGGGCCACUAUCCGCCGCUGGAGCCAUUACCUGUGGCGUCUUCCUGCAAACGAUUUCUCAACGCGAGUACGAUCUACCUAACAUACAGUAUACGUUCGAUGCCAGCAAUCAGCAGGAUUUUCUGAAAGAUCCCGAGGAAUAUCGCGAAACAGCGGUCGAACCGCUGUCCUAUUACGACGCUAUUAACAUUAGACCGAUUUUAUUGUCGCCAAAGAGCAGAGGAUAUAUACUGUUAAACGAUACCGAUCCGUUGUGGGGACCACCGUUGAUCUAUCCCGGAUACUUUACGAGCUAUCCCGACGCGGAUGUACUGGUCGAAGGAGUAGAAGCUGCUUUAGAGUUGUUUCGUACGGACUCGUUUCAAAAAUAUGGUUUCCGGUUGAUCGAUACACCUCUGCCUUCGUGUAGACAUUUCGUAUUCGCUACGAAGGAUUACUGGAAGUGCGUGAUGAUGGAGUACACGGCAACGAUCUAUCAUCCGGUAGGUUCGUGUAAAAUGGGGCCAGAUUGGGAUCCCGAUGCGGUCGUAGAUCCCAUGUUAAGGGUAUACGGAGUUAGCGGGCUGAGGGUCGUCGACGCUUCGAUAAUGCCAAAGAUCGUUAGGGGGAACACGAACGCGCCUACUAUCAUGAUCGCGGAGAAAGCCAGCGAUAUGAUCAAAGAGGACUGGUUGCAUGGUAAAAAGUUUGUCUAAGGCGACACCACCUAAAGCAAAUAUAGCAACGUUCGCGGAAACAAACAACUUUGAAUUGUACGAGUAGCGAGGCUUUGUCAGGGUUUCUACGUUGAAACGCGGUAUUCUUUUCGUAGAAAUGUAGAAAGGUAGAAGGGUGUAGAAAAGAUUUAUAGCGUUUAUAUAUAAAUAAAUACAACGAAUAGAUCGCGGAGCUAUUUUUAGUUCCAAAGUUAGCACGCAAUAUGGGUUUAACAUUUAGAACGUGGAUUACUCGAUGA